GGCGAGGGUAUGUCGGCUACGAGUCCACCGUUGGGCAACGGAGAGGAUAGUCCCCGUUCUGUCCGGUCUGUGUCUAGUGAGAGUAGUGACAGCGGUUGCUCAUCAGCAUCAUCGUCGUCCUCAUCUAGGAGCAUACCGGAGUGGGGAGAGGUGCCAUUAACAUUAUCCGCAACUGAUGAUGAGGUCAUCAGAGUUGAUUCGACAGAAUUCCUUGGGCUUAGAGGCACUUCACAGACAAGUAGUCUGCUAUCCUGGCCUGAAGGAGUCGUGAAUUCCUCGGUGGAGCUCUCCAACCUCAGCUUACAACGAGGAGCCAUCUCAGUUUCUAGUGGUCAGAAAUUGGUACUUCGGAAUUGCGUGAUGGGAGACUGCAGAGUGUCCGUUGGUGACGGGGCUAGACUCGUUGUCGAGGGCUGCAAGUGGAAGUCGGGUCUCCGACCUGCUGUCCACCUGUGCUGGUCGUCAACAGCUGAGUCCGUAGCUACUUCCCCCCGGGUGGAGGUUAAGGACUGUGACUUCUCUGAUAUGCAUGUAGCUGUAUCAUUGGAGUUGGAAGCGUUUCCCACCGAAGGAGACCUCUGCUCGACAGCAGAUAUCCCAGCAUGCGCGAAGCUCAGCCACUGUAGAUUCACUGACAUACGUGGAGCGGCAAUAGUCGUAGCUGUACAUAUCCGGUCUUCUCCACUGGCCGUUGAACAAACUGACAUAUCUAACAAGCCAACCAACUAUCACUUUAACCUUGGUACAUUAAUGGCAGCUGACGAGUCUUCCCUCACCUUCGACAAGUGCUCUGCACGAUUUGAGAUAUCAUUUGGUGGAUCGAAGUUGUUGAGGCCAUUCAGUUUCUCAUCGUGGCCUCUUCCUGCUGGUGAAUACUCCACACCACGCCGCGGAUCCUCAGUAAGAGGUGCACAACAAGUGAAGGCGCGUGUAUCAGAGGACGGUUCUCGACUGGACAUUGUAUGUCCUCCAGCCGAUUCGUCUGGUAGACGAAAGAAGGCGAACCGUCGAUCGUCAUCGACGCAAAUAUCUGUCUGGAUGGAAACUCUCGGCUGCUCUGAUGAAAAUCCGCACUCUUUGUCUCGGGGCACGAUCAUGUCUGCAUUCCGGAAGCGUAGCUUACUGGUGCAUCCAGACAAGCGAGGGAUGUCCCCUGGGAUCAGCUCAUCCGCCGACAGCAGCAGUCCAGAAGAUUUCAUCACCCUAGUAGAAGCGCGUGAUGGAUUACUUCAAUGUGUGGAGAGUCGACGUGAAACUGUCAAGCGCAAUAGACGGCUAUAAUAACGAUGUUCCUCCC